AUGCCGAGCUGGUCCUUACGUUUCUACAAGCCAGAGAUGCUACCGCGAGUCUCUGGCUGGCGGCGAGAGUUGGCUCUUCAGAUGGAAGCCGUCCCGGCCUCCACCAAGCCACGACCAAGGUCCUGCCAUAUCCGUUUCCGCGCCACCCGCCAAAAGCGGCGGUUUCCUGACCUACCUGCACUGGAAGUCAACGCUGAUGGUACCUUCGACUUCCCUACUGCACGGCGGGUGCUUGUUCGGCAGGAUGAGUUUGUGGGGGACCUACAGCAGGAUCAGAGUCGAAGCACAUCGAAGGAAGUCAUUAGUCCUGAUAGCUCAAGGGCCGCAUUGUCCCUCGACUUGGAGAGCAGGGUGAAG